AUGUCUGAUCCAAGCAGCACAGCUUCCUCUUAUUCCACGUCGCCCCGGCUCACCACCGGCGUCAUCAACUUCUUGGCGCGCCGCGCCAUGACCACGCAGAACCACCACAGAGCAGCAGCAUCCCUCCACUCGCCAGGCUCCUCCACCGGCUCCGCCGACACUGCGCCAUGGCACCACCACGCCCCGGCCACGCCGCCGCCUCUGCUCCCGUUCGACGCCAGCGACGCCGACGAGAUGCUCCUGCUCGACAUGCUCUCCCAGCACCAGCAGGAGGCCAUGCACACCGCGUCAGCGCCCAUUCCCACCACGACGGCGGCAACGGCCGUGAAGCGAGAGGCCAGCGAAGAGGAGGAGGUCAAGGUGGCCGUCGGCGGCAGUGGGCGCGCGUUCCGCGGGGUGCGGAAGCGGCCGUGGGGCAAGUUCGCGGCGGAGAUCCGGGACUCGACGCGCGACGGCGUCCGGGUGUGGCUGGGCACGUUCGACAGCCCGGAGGAGGCGGCGCUCGCGUACGACCAGGCCGCCUUCGCCAUGCGGGGCGGCGCCGCCGUGCUCAAUUUCCCCGCCGACCAUGUCCGGCGCUCGCUCGAGGGCGCAGGGGACGACGUGUGCGGCCGCGCCGACGGGUUGUCACCCGUGCUGGCGCUGAAGCGGCGCCACUCCAUGCAUAGGCGGGCGUCUACAACACGAAAGACUUGCAGGGCCGUACGGACGGGCCGGCCGGAGGGCGUGAUGGAGCUUGAGGACCUCGGCGCAGAAUACCUCGAGGAGCUGCUCGGCGCCUCCGACGACAUGACGACCUCGGCCUCCAGUUCAUGGUGCUCGAGUCAUCACUCCAUCUGAUUCUGAAAUCUGCAUCCAGAAAAAUGGCGAUGGCUAGAAGACGAUGGAUUGAUCACUGUUUGUGUUUUUCUUUCUUGCCUGUUGUUGUUGGUCGUCCGGUCUCGUUCGUUCCAGAGUUCAGCUGGACUAGAUAGCUAUCUUCGAGCAUUAGGUUCUUUAGCAUUGAGGAAUGGUUGUGGAAAUCGUCGGUUGUGUACGUUUUGAAGCGUCAAUAUUUGGGUUUGAAUUCAGUCAGAACUGAUGGUUCCUUCACAUCAUCUUAAGAGACGCUCAUGACAUGACAUUGGCGCCAAGCUUGUACUUCUCUGGACCAGUGUGGGCUCUCUCCUGAUAUGAAAAGGGAAUAUAAUGCAGUUUUGGUGUGUUUUUUAACAUAGUACAGAUGCAGGCGUUCAUACAUGAGCUUUUUUACCGUACCCUGGUACUCCCAUGGCAUUAACCGGAGUACCAAACAUAUCUGGCCGUCCAUGAUGAAGGGUAACUUAGACAUUUUAUGAAUGGUAUUUUGGGAUUUCCAUAAUAGAGGCCGAUCGUUCAGUUUGGAAGAAAAAGGCUGUCGAUCGAUCCUACAUUCAGCGGUGAGGCCGUCAAAAAAAAAAAGGCUUCGCCGCCGCCAGCCAGAUUCAAGAUUUCUCUUCACUCCAUCAGAAUUGUUGUCGUCGCCCGUGGCAAUCUGCACCUAGGAUGUCUCCAUUGAUUCUCCGCUGGUGCAUCCUCUAGUGAAAAGCCUGAGACCUGUCUAUCCAUCCGCUGCAUUCCUCCAGGUCCAGGAUGCAUUACUGGGCUU